AUGCCUUAUUCAAGUCUCUUCCGUUCAGAAGAGAUGUCGCUCAUUCAACUCUACAUUCCAUCAGAAACUGUCCAACCAACAAUGGCGGAAUUAGGAGAACUUGGCCUAAUACAAUUUCGAGAUUUGAAUCCUGAUGUAAACGCUUUUCAAAGAGCUUUUGUAAGUGAAGUUAGACGUUUUGAUGAAAUAGAAAGACGACUUCGAUAUUUUAGUGUACAAAUUGCAAAAACGGAUAUUCCUAUUUAUCCUUUGACUGGAGCACGCGCAAGGAGUGUUCAAGAACUUAACGAGCUUGAAGAGACAAUUAACCAACAUGAGCAACGUAUCAUACAAAUGAAUAACUCAUAUGAAACUUUACAAAAAAGGUACCUAGAAUUGACUGAGGCUAGACAUGUAUUACAAGAAACGGCUAUAUUUUUUGAAGAAGUGAAAAAUCGUCAAGACAUACGACAAUCCUUAGAUGAGCCUACAGCACCAUUGUUAGACCAUACUGAUGUUGAACAGGGAGAAUCUUUGGUUUUUCGUCACGCCAACUUUAGGUUUGUAACGGGUGUUAUAUUAAGAACAAAAAUGCAAAUAUUUGAACGAAUCCUUUGGCGUGCAUUACGUGGCAACUUUUAUAUCAAUCAUGCAGAAAUUGAUGAACUAAUUACUGAUCCAGAAACAGACGAAGUUUUAGAAAAAAACGUUUUUAUAAUUUUCUCCCAUGGACAAGAAAUAUUAAAUAAAAUUAAAAAAAUUUCUGAAUCACUGGGAGCUACACUUUAUCCUGUAGAUGAUAAUCCUGAUCAAAGACAUCAAACCCUAAUGGAAAUUACUACAAGCAUUAAUGACCUGAAUUCUGUUCUACAAAGUACAAAUCAGGCUCGUAGAACUGAAUUAUUAAAAGUUGCAGAGAAUUUAUCAAUUUGGUUUACCAUUAUUAAGAAAGAAAAGGCAAUUUAUCAUGCAAUGAAUUUGUUUAAUUAUGAUAGUACUAGAAAAUGUUUGAUUGCUGAAGGAUGGUGCCCAACUAAUGAUAUUGGCCAAAUUCAUAAUGCCUUGAGAGAACAAUCACGUUCUAUGGUACCUUCAAUCCUCAAUGAACUUCGUACAACUAAAGAACCACCCACCUUCCAUCGUGUUAAUAAGUUUACUGGAGGAUUUCAAGAAAUUGUCGAUGCCUAUGGUAUUGCAAAAUAUC